AUGAUGUUGACAGUUAUAUUCUUAGCUGCUUUCACUCUUACUACAGUAAAUUCACAGGAAACUGAAGAAACUAUAACAUACACGCAAUGUACAGAUGGCUAUGAAUGGGAUCCUGUCAGGCAGCGGUGCAAAGAUAUUGAUGAAUGUGAAAUUGUCCCAGAUGCAUGCAAAGGUGGGAUGAAAUGUGUUAACCACUAUGGAGGAUACCUCUGUCUACCUAGAACAGCUCAAAUUAUUGUAAAUAAUGGGCGAGAAGACACAGCUGCUGAAUCCACUGGUGGACGAAACAAUGUCAUUCGACGGACCCCUGCUGAUCCUCAUCGACCACCUCCAAAUCCAACUCACCAAAUACAGUGUGCAACUGGGUAUGAGCAAAGCGAGCAAAAUGUGUGCCAAGAUAUAGAUGAAUGUGCAACAGGAACCCAUAACUGCAGGGCAGAUCAAGUAUGCGUCAAUUUAAGAGGGUCUUUCAGCUGCCAGUGUCCCUCAGGUUACCAGAAACGCGGGGAACAGUGUGUUGACAUAGAUGAAUGCAAUCUCCCUCCAUACUGCCACCAUAGAUGUGUGAACACUCCAGGUUCCUAUUACUGCCAGUGCAACUCUGGGUUCCAGUUAGCAGCCAACAACCACACUUGCGUAGACAUAAACGAAUGUGAUGCCAACAACCCAUGCGCACAACAAUGCUACAAUAUACUUGGUUCUUUUAUCUGUCAGUGUAAUCCAGGAUUUGAGUUAAGCAGUAACAGAAUCAACUGUGAAGAUAUUGAUGAAUGCAGAACUUCAAGUUACAUAUGCCAGUAUCAGUGUGUCAAUGAACCUGGGAAAUUUUCAUGCAUCUGCCCUGAGGGAUACCAGGUGGUAGGAGCUAGAACAUGUCAAGAUAUAAAUGAAUGUGAGACUACUAAUGAAUGCAGAGAGGAUGAAAUGUGCUGGAAUUAUCAUGGUGGAUUUCGUUGUUACCCAAGAAAUCCUUGUCAAGAACCUUAUGUCCUGACAUCUGAGAAUCGCUGUGUUUGCCCAGUUUCCAAUGCCAUUUGUCGAGAGCUGCCAUACUCUAUUGUGUACAAAUACAUGAGUAUCCGUUCAGACAGAACUGUGCCCUCUGAUAUCUUCCAAAUUCAGGCAACAACUAUUUAUCCCAAUACUAUAAAUACUUUCCGGAUUAAGUCUGGAAAUGAAAAUGGAGAAUUCUACCUGCGACAAACAAGUGCAAUAAGUGCAAUGCUCGUACUGGUGAAAUCACUAUCGGGACCAAGAGAACAUAUUGUAGAUCUGGAGAUGCUGACAGUCAACAGUUUGAACUAUCGUACAAGUUCAGUGCUAAGAUUAACAAUAAUAGUGGGACCUUACUCAUUUUAG